UGCACAGUCACUGUCACACUGGGCGAAGCAACAACUCCCUAUAAAUCACAAUACACGGUUUUUCCUCAGCAGUCGACAGAGUGCUGAUUAUUGAGAGGCACGCGGAACUAGUUUCGCAUUCCUUUAUUCCACUCGGACAUAUUUAUAACCCGGACGACUGAAACACAUCCUUAUUGCCUGUUAUUGCCAAAUAUGCCGGAUACGUCGCUGUUAUGGUGAUCUGAGUAUACAUACUCUUUCUGUCCUACUGCGCGUAGCAAAUCACAGUGGAAAGACACAGGGCUGUGAUAAAUGUCAUCAUGGAGUCGGGACGGCGGAGAGGUUUGAGCAGUGUCCUGUCCUCCCUGUCUCUGCUCUGUGUGGUCCUGGACCUACAGCUGGACGGUGUGUUAGGAGCAACACCUGUUGAGAUUGAGCAUCAUCUGGAAAUGGGGCGUAAGCUGCUGGCAGCCGGACAGCUGGCUGAGGCCCUGUCUCACUAUCACUCAGCUGUGGAGGGUGACUCUAAGAACUACCUGACAUACUACAAACGCGCUGCUGUUUUCCUGGCUAUGGGCAAGUCCAAGUCAGCGCUGCCUGACCUGAGCCAGGCCAUUCAGCUCAAACCAGACUUCCUUGCUGCCAGACUGCAGAGGGGUAAUAUUCUGCUGAAACAGGGAAAUACUGAAGAGGCCAGAGAAGACUUUCUAGCAGUGCUGAAUCGUUCCCCGGAUCAUGAGGAAGCACAUGAUCAGCUCCACAAGGCCGAUGAUCUGGAGCUGCUCCAGGAAGAGGCGCAUGAGGCCCAUCACCGUGGAGACUACAUCACUACUGUCCAGGUGCUGGAGAAAGUCAUAGAGCUCUCUCCCUGGGACCCCGAGUCUCGAGAACUAAGAGCCGAGUGCUACAUCCGACUCGGGGAUCCACGGAAGGCCAUCAUGGACCUGACACCAGCAACACGUCUCCGUGCAGACAACCGAGCAGCUUUCCUCAAACUCAGUCAACUACAUUACAGUUUGGGUGAUCAUCACGACUCGCUUAGUCAGGUCCGUGAGUGUCUGAAGCUGGAUCAGGAUGAUAAGGAGUGUUUUUCCCACUACAAACAGGUCAAGAAGCUCAGCAAGCAGCUGGACUCUGCAGAAGAGCUGAUCUCAGAACAGAGGUAUCAGGAGGCCAUUGAGAAGUACGAAUCUGUGAUGCGAACAGAGCCGAAUGUGGCAUUCUACACUAAUAAAGCAAAAGAGAGGAUCUGCUUCUGCUUAGUCAAAAUGAAGAGUGCUGAGGAGGCCGUAGACAUUUGUUCAGAAGCCCACCAGAGAGAACCUCAGAAUAUCCACGUCCUCCGGGACCGAGCGGAGGCCUACAUCCUACAGCAGGAAUAUGAGAAAGCUGUGGAAGACUAUCAGGAGGCACGGGAGUUUGAUCAGGAGAACCAAGAGCUUCGUGAAGGUCUUGAACGAGCACAGAAGCUCCUCAAGCAGUCUCGCAAGAGAGACUAUUACAAGAUCCUGGGGGUCAGCAGGAGUGCCAACAAACAGGAAAUCAUAAAAGCGUACAGAAAGCUGGCUCAGCAGUGGCAUCCUGAUAAUUUCCAGUCUGAAGCAGACAAGAAAGAGGCAGAGAAAAAGUUUAUUGAUAUCGCAUCAGCAAAGGAAGUACUCACAGAUCCAGAAAUGCGUCAGAAGUUUGAUUCCGGCGAGGACCCUCUGGACCCUGAGAAUCAGCAGGGUGGUGGAGGAGGCAGAGAAUGGCCCUUUGGCUUCAACCCCUUUGAGGGCGGAAACUUUCACUUCAAGUUCCACCGACACUGAUAACAGAGGCUGAUGCAGUAUAAACAGACAAUGAUUUGGACUAAGAAACCUGGCUAGAGAACCAGCUUUAUCCAAACUGAACUUUGGAGGAAUCUAAUCAAACAGAGGUUGUUUUUGAUGUUGAGACUUGAAUCCACAGGCUGUUGGACUUCUCCAGGAGCAAAUUACUUGAUCUGGCAAACACUAUUAGUUUAGUGUUUGAUUUCCUGUCCUUAAACAUGGAGUCUAGUUGAACUUGGAGUCUUAAAGGAUUAGUUCACUCAUCAUUUACUCACGCUCCACUUGUUCCAAACCUGUAUGAGUUUCUGUCUUCUGUUGAACACAAAAUGUUGGUAUCUGAACAGUUGAUGAGCAUAGAAUUUUAUUUUUCUUGCUGUGGAAGCAAUAGUGCUCAUCAACUGUUUCAGAUGAAACUCGUACAGGUUUGGAACGGGUGGAGUGUGAUAAAUGAUGGCAAGGUAUUCAAUCUGGAAGUGAACUAAUCCUUUAAACCCAGCUGAGUCAUUUCGGCUCAACAUUUUAUAUCUUUCAUUGAAGUAUGUGCCAUCUCUAACAUUACUUUAUCUCUCUCAUACUGUCUUAUGCUGCCUUUUGAUUUUUGAAUAACACUCCAGAUUUUAGGGUUGUGGUUUCUUGUAGACUGUGCCAUGUACUUCUGACACCAGUAUAUCAAAACAGUAUGUCACGCUUUUUGGCAAAGGAAGUACCUUUUCAUAUAUCUUUGUUUAAUUUCUGUUUUUUGUUUUUACACACCCAACUGCACAAACCCACCAGAAAUGACCAUGCCACUGGGCUGCUUUAUAGCCUGAUCUGAUACCAGUUUGCACAAGAGUUUUUUUACUGAAAUCGUUGCUAAAAGUUUACAUGACAGAAUGUUUAUCAAUUUACAGCUGUUGCUGAUGAUGAAUCAGAUGGCAGUCUAUGAAGCAGCCUUUAGCUGAUUUAUUUUCUUUUGUCUAAUAAAUCAACAAUAUGUCCCACAACAAAGCUUUGAAACUAUUAUGUUAAGUAAUGAGUUACCCCUGCACUUUCUAAAUUCAAGCUGAAGGUCAAUAAACUUAAGAAAUCAGUAGCUAUUUGAAAAGAAAUGUAAAAAAAAAAAAAAAAAAAGUAUUAUUCAAA